AGCGAUCCGGACACAGCGGGAUUUCCCACUGACAAACAGCCACCAUGAAGCUCGGAGAACGUUUCUCUGUUUGCAUCCUGCUGGUACUUUGUGUGACGUGGAGCGCAGAUGGAGGGAAUAUUCUGGUGUGGUACACUGAAGGCAGCCACUGGAUUAACAUGAAGCCUGUGCUGGAGACGCUGGUGGACAGGGGACACCAGGUGACAGUUUUGGUUCCGAGCACAUCAAUGUUCAUGAACAAAAGUGAGUCUUCCCGCUUCAGCUAUGAACCCUUUAACGUCUCUUUCUCAUUGGAGGAAAUGGUGGACUUCUUUAAUGAGUACCUUUACUUCUCCAUGUACGAGAUUGAUCAUAUGAGCUACUUCCAGAUUUACAUGAGAUACAUGGAGCUGAUGACGACUGACUUGCAGUACUCUUUGAAGUACUUGGAUGGUGUGCUGAAAUCAGAGACCACAAUGAAGAGGCUGAAGGAGAGAAAAUAUGACCUUCUCCUGGCUGAUCCCAUUUACCCUGGCAGUGACCUAACUGCAGACAUUUUGGGCCUCCCCCUGGUUUUCUCCCUGCGCUUUUCCAUGGCCCAUAACUGGGAGAGACUGUGUGGUCAGCUACCUGCUCCACCUUCUUUUGUCCCCGGCGCUAUGAGCAAACUGACGGACAAGAUGGACUUCAUGGAGCGAGUAUGGAACUUCCUCUUCUACGCACUGCAGGAUGCUGUGAUAGAUUACAUUUCUUGGAAUGAAUUAGAUAAAUAUUACUCUGAAGUCAAAGGAAAACCCACCAGCGCCUGUGAGAUGAUGGGUAGAGCAGACAUCUGGUUGAUGCGAACCUACUGGGAUUUUGAUUUCCCUCAUCCAUUCCUCCCUAACUUCAAAUUUGUUGGAGGGAUCCACUGCAGACCUGCUAAACCUUUACCAAAGGAUAUGGAAGAGUUUGUGCAAAGCUCUGGAGACGCUGGCAUCGUGGUCUUCACUUUGGGAUCAUUCAUAACGAACAUCACCAUGGAGAAGGCAAACAUGAUCGCAUCAGCACUCGCUCAGAUCCCACAAAAGGUGCUGUGGAGAUACAGCGGAGAAAAACCAGAGACUCUGGGAGCCAACACAAGGCUUUACAACUGGAUCCCUCAGAAUGACCUACUAGGUCAUCCCAAGACCAGAGCUUUCAUCACCCAUGGCGGCACAAAUGGGAUUUAUGAGGCCAUCUACCACGGUGUCCCCAUGGUGGGCAUCCCCAUGUUCGCUGACCAGCCAGACAACAUGGUCCAUAUGAAGGCUAAAGGAGCUGCAAUUAUUACAGACCUAAACUUCAUGACCACUGAGGACCUGAGAGAUGCAAUCAAUACUGUCAUCAAUGACAAAUCGUACAAGGAAAACGCCAUGCGGCUGUCCAGUAUCCAUCACGACAGACCAGUGAGCCCUCUGGAUGAGUCAGUAUUCUGGAUCGAGUUCACCAUGAGAAACAAAGGGGCCCAGCACCUAAGGGUCCAGGCCCAUGAGCUUACCUGGUACCAGUAUCACAGCCUGGAUGUCCUGGUCUUCCUCCUAACCAUGGUUCUGCUCCUCAUAAUCAUCUUCAUCAAGACCUGCAGGUUCUGUUUACGAGUGUGCUGUGGCAGAAGGAGAAAGACAAAGAGAAAGGCUGAAUAACUCACUGAAUUCAAAUGUAGUAGUAAUGAACUGAUGGGUGAAAAAACUAACAGUUUACUGGUUGUCCAAUAUGUCUAAAGCAUGAAAGGUAACCCCAGUGCCCUGGACUGGGAGUUGUGCCUUGGGAUGAAUAAUUAUCACUUCUUUGAAACAGUCAGGGCAAAAAAAAAUGAAAAGACGCAAGUCAGCUUACAGCACCUGAUGUCCUUUGUGUCCUUUUUCUAUCAUCACCAUAAACUUGCAUUCCAA